CAAAUGUCUGUUUUCAUUAAUUUUUACGAUAUAGCCAAUUCUGACUUUGUGACUGUGCUAUCUAGUGGAAACCUCCUCAAUGUCACACAUGUUGUUGUGUAACGCUAGCUAACGUGCUGGUUUCCAGUAGCUAAAAUAUAUUAGCUAAUCAUGUAUAAAUUAAACUGUAUAUUAUCUAAUUCUGUCAGGAGUACUUGCCAACAGGUUGCUGGUUCUUUGAAUGCAGGAGGCUCAAUUUGUGGAACCACCGGUCUGCAGAGAGCAGUGAGCUCCAGUGCUGUCAGGUUGCAAGAAGCUGCUAGCGUCACAGCCACACCUGGGAAAAGUUCCAAAGAAUUCAGUCACCUCCCUCCGUUGCCUGGCCAGGACAGCGCACUGAGAUGGGCUGGGAAGAAGUAUGAAGAGUUGCCGAUAGUACACGUCAAAGCUACAUAUAACAAACAGCAGGCAUGUCCAGGUGACAGUCAGAAGGCCACAGCGGCGGGGGUGACGUUUGUCCGUGUGUCGGUGAAAGGUCUGGGUCCUGGACGCUUGUCUGCCAUCAAGGGUCUGACCAUGGGAGGAUUGGAGGUUGUGUCCAUCACUGACAACACCCCCGUACCACACAAUGGUUGUCGCCCUCGCAAGGCUAGAAGAAUAUGAACAGGACCAUACCAUCAUGGACUGCAGGGGUCCAGCCAUCUGUCUUGUAACACACUUAAAGUUGUUGUUGUUGUAUGAAGAUGAUUUUUUUUACUGGUAUUUAAGCAUUUUGGAAAAUACAUGCAGGAAUGUUGGUAAAACAUUCAGGGCCGGUUUCCCGGACACAGAUUUAAGCCCUGGACUGAAAAACAAGCUCAAUGUAUGUAGAAUCUCCAUGGAAAAUAAUUUUCAGUCCAGAACUAGGCUUAAUCUGUGUCUGGGAAACUGGCUCUGAAUGCAUGUAGCAGCACAUCUAGUAACAGAUAGAUGAAUCUAGAACGAGGCUGUUUUAAAGUUCCCAUUAUUUCUACGUUUAUUAAAUCCAUUUACACCCAAAAACCCCUUGUACAACAUGUGGUAUAAAUCCAAGGCUUACAGCAGGAGAGAACCUGGUCAGGUGAGUGACCGAUGGAUACACUGUCACUACCACUAACACGAGGUGAACAACCAGAACAUAUGCAGACAGUUUGACAGACACAACCCUGUUUGUCAACUAGUCAAACGUUCCUCCUCUGGAAGACCACGUUAACUUUACAUGGUUCCAUCAAGGCAUAUUGAUAUUAUGAGGACAUCAAAAACAGUUUCUCCUAUUCUUGAAAACCUCUUCAGUUCUUUUUUUUUUUGUUACAUACAAUGACCCAAGAACACAUGAACACCACCGCACAGCAUCAACUGUAGGCUCCAUCUCCUCCAUGAACACCAUCUCCCAUUCCAAAAGUCAAGGCCCAGUCAUCUCGGCAUAAUUGGACACUGAUAUUUGAACUCAACUUUGCAUUUCCAAAUAAACAGUAUUAUUUACCAGUG